CAAAAUUUUCCGGACCAUCGUUCGUUCGCAUCUUCGUCGCGGCGGAGUUCCCAGCGAGACCAUCCCCAAGGAUCACUAGCAUUCGUAUCGGGCUCUUCCGAUCCGUCGGAGACCUGCCCUCUGUCGAGAUCGGAUCGAGGGCUUAGCUCUCGACAUGGCGUCCACAGUAGGAGCAACAGGAUGGCUGAGAGGAAAAGUCAAGGCCGUUCCUUCAGGGGAUUCUCUGCUUAUCAUGGGAAGCACAAAAGCAGAGAUCCCUCCCGAAAAGACCGUCACUUUGUCUUCUCUGAUCGCCCCUAGACUGGCUCGUCGGGGUGGUGUGGAUGAACCGUUUGCAUGGGAGAGCAGGGAGUUUCUGAGAAAACACUGCAUUGGAAAGGAUGUCACUUUCAAGGUGGACUACACAGUUCCAUCUAUUGGGAGAGAGUUUGGCACUGUUUUUCUUGGAGAUAAGAAUGUUGCCUACUUAGUUGUUUCUGAAGGAUGGGCAAAGGUUAGGGAACAAGGCCAGCAGAAAGGUGAAGCAAGCCCAUAUUUGACAGAGCUACUGCAUUUGGAGGAGCAAGCCAAGCAACAGGGCUUAGGUCGCUGGAGCAAGGUACCUGGUGCUACCGAGUCAGCUGUAAGAAACUUACCACCUUCAGCCAUUGGUGAUCCUAGUAAUUUCGAUGCAAUGGGGCUGCUAGCUGCAAACAAGGGCAGACCCAUGCAGGGCAUUGUAGAGCAAGUCCGUGAUGGCAGCACUCUUCGUGUCUACCUCCUUCCUGAGUUCCAUUUUGUUCAAGUUUUUGUUGCAGGGGUUCAGGCUCCUUCAAUGGGAAGAAGGCCCACUAAUGACACAAUUCCUGUGACUGAGGUGUCUACUGAUGAUACAAAUGGAGAAAUUUCAGGUGAAUCUCAGCAGCCACUAACAUCGGCCCAGAGGCUUGCUGCUUCUUCGCUGUCAAUAACUGAAGUUUCACCAGAUCCAUUUGCGAGGGAAGCCAAACACUUUACAGAAAUCCGUGUUUUGAGCAGAGAUGUCAGGAUCGUGCUAGAAGGUGUAGACAAAUACAGCAAUUUAAUUGGCUCAGUUUAUUAUCCUGAUGGUGAUACUGCAAAAGAUCUUGCUCUUGAUCUUGUGCAAAAUGGUUUUGCUAGAUUUCUGGAAUGGAGUGCAAACAUGAUGGAGGAUGAGGCCAAACGAAAAUUGAAGGCUGCUGAGCUUCAGGCGAAGAAGGAUCGCCUUAGAAUUUGGACAAACUAUGUGCCUCCAGCUUCAAAUUCGAAGGCAAUUCACGACCAAAAUUUUACAGGAAAAGUAGUAGAGGUUGUGAGUGGAGACUGCAUAAUUGUUGCUGACGAUGCUGUUCCCUACGGCAGCCCCUUAGCUGAGCGUAGAGUUAAUCUUUCAAGCAUCAGAGCACCAAAGAUGGGAAAUCCUCGGCGAGAUGAAAAGCCAGUGCCCUAUGCCCGUGAGGCCAGGGAAUUCUUACGUACACGUCUUAUUGGCCACCAAGUAAAUGUGUCAAUGGAAUAUUCUAGGAAGGUUGGUGUGGCUGAUGGACCUAGUACAGUAGUAUCUAGUUCAGCUGAUUCUAGAGUCAUGGAUUUUGGGUCAGUCUUCCUUGUGAAGAGUGAGAAUGAUGAAACCUCUUCUCCAUCUGUUAACCAACCAGGAGUAACAAAUGUUGCCGAGAUGGUUGUCUCACGGGGUUUUGCCACUCUAGUCAGACAUCGAGAUUUUGAAGAAAGGUCAAAUCAUUAUGAUGCUUUACUGGCUGCUGAAUCUCGUGCGAUUAAUUCAAGGAAAGGGAUUCAUUCUGCCAAGGAUCCUCCAGUUAUGCAUAUAACUGAUUUGACAAUGGCAUCUGCAAAAAAGGCACGAGAUUUCUUUCCUUUUCUGCAACGGAGUAGGAGGCAUGCUGCUGUUGUUGAAUAUGUCCUCAGUGGUCAUCGAUUUAAGUUACUGAUUCCUAAAGAAACAUGCACUAUUGCAUUUUCAUUUUCUGGUGUUCGGUGUCCUGGUCGGGAGGAGCCUUUUUCAGAUGAAGCUAUUGCUUUGAUGAGAAGGAAGAUAUUGCAACGGGAUGUUGAGAUUGAGGUGGAAACAGUUGAUAGGGCUGGGACAUUCUUAGGCUCCUUAUGGGAAUCAAGGACCAAUAUGGCUGUUAUCCUCUUGGAAGCUGGAUUGGCUAAACUUCAAACCUCCUUUGGCUCUGACAAGAUUCCAGAUGCUCACCUCCUGGCACAGGCUGAACAGUCUGCAAAGCACCAGAAGCUAAAAAUCUGGGAAAAUUAUGUUGAAGGACAAGAAGUUUCAAAUGGUUCCUCUACUGAAGCAAAACAGAAAGAAAUGCUCAAGGUCGUAGUUACAGAAGUCCUUGGUGGUGGAAAAUUUUAUGUCCAACCUGUUGGUGAUCAAAAGGUGGCUGCCAUUCAACAGCAGCUUGCUGCAUUAAACAUUAAAGAGGCUCCAGUAAUUGGUUCUUUUAAUCCUGCAAAGGGUGAUAUAGUUCUGGCUCAGUUCAGUGUAGACAAUUCCUGGAAUAGAGCCAUGAUUGUAAAUGGACCACGAGGGGCCGUGAAAUCACAUAAUGACACAUUUGAAGUCUUCUAUAUUGAUUUUGGAAACCAAGAAAUUGUCCCAUAUAGUCUCCUACGACCUCUCGAUUCUUCAAUACCAUCAGCACCUGGUUUGGCUCAACUUUGCAGCCUUGCAUACAUAAAAGUACCUAAUUUGGAGGACGAUUUUGGUCAAGAAGCUGCAGAGUAUUUGAGCGAAUGUACAUUGAACAAUACAAAAGAGUUUAGCGCUAUGAUUGAGGAAAGAGAUGCCUCAGGAGGGAAAGCAAGAGGACAAGGAACUGGAACGGUGUUGGUGGUGACUCUCGUUGAUGUUGGAUCUGAAGUUAGUAUUAAUGCUGCCAUGCUACAGGAAGGGCUUGCUAGACUAGACCGAAAGAAGAAAUGGGACACUAGAGAACGCAAGGCAGCUCUUGAUGGUUUGGAAGAGUUUCAAGCUAAAGCAAAACGAGAGAGGCUGAAGAUUUGGCAAUAUGGUGAUGUCCAAUCUGAUGACGAGGAGUUAGCGCCACCACCUCCAAGGAAAGCUGGCGGCCGUCGAUGAGAGAACUGAUGCGAGCGAGGGUAAAAAUAAGGUUCCGAGAUAUAGGGAGAGAGUUUGUAGUUCAUAGUUCGCUUUGAGUAGCCAUUUAUACCUCUAUAUUUCUCACUUUGGAUUUUGUUUUCCUUUUUAUCCCAAGACUUGAAGAAGUCAUUUUUUCCCCCCUAGCUUUAAAUAAGGUAUCACCCAUAACUUAUCUCUAUUUGGAAACCAAGCUUGUAUGUGCCCAUAGAUUUAAUUAAAACUCGGCUUAUGUUGUUUCCAUUUUACUUUGUGGAAAGCAGGAACUUUUCGUUCGAUCUAUAUUUGUGACUUUUCAUGUCAA